AAAUGGUUGAACUGCGUCCAUCUCUGAUGCACACAUUUCCGACAGCACUGACUGACAUUGAGGGGUGACACAAAGGCAGCUCAGAUGGGCACUGAUAUGUGGCAUUGAUGUGGCACUGAUGGUCAUUGGCAGGUGACAUGGAUGAGCACUGACAGCUGGCACUGAUGGACACUGACAGGUGGCACUACUGGGGCUACACAGAUCAUCAGGGCACACUGAUCAUCAGUGUCCUGAUGAUCAGUGUAUAUGUCCCCUCUGAGGGAUCUGUCAGCGUGACAGAUCGUGAGGAGAGAAAUGACGAUAACUGGCAUUUCCCUAUUUACAUGCGAUCAUCUGUGAUUGGAAAC